AUGACAAGAUCUAGAUCAAGAUCACCACGAUGGAAACCGAGGUCCUUAUCUCCAGCAUUUAGGAGUCCAGAGCACCAUAGGCAAAGGCAUACUCAUAUUAAUUAUGACUGUGAAUAUAAAAGCUUUCGUAAGGACCCAAAGAAGCCUAUGCCUUGGAGAAUGGAAGAUGAAAAAUACGGACAAAGCAAUUCCAGGUUUGCACCUCAUGGAAAUAACCACCAGAGAAUACACGAACGUAGAUCACCUUCACCAAACCUGAAAAGAAUUCCCAUGGAAGAUACUUACAGUCAUAAGCCCUACAGAACACAUUCAUCUGAAAGAACUGAAAGCAAUAGGAGAUGCCAGUUACCACCAAAAUACUUGGAAAUACCAUAUAAAGAGCAUGAUCGUCCGUUUUACCAACACAAAAUGGAAGACAGAUAUGUGUUUGAGCACUACAAAGUCAUGGGAAAUGAAAAAGGAAUGAAACCUUUUCAUAGACCGUUAGGGGCUUCCUGUAAAUUUGAAAGAAAAUGGCAUGAAGAUGGCUUGAGGCACCAGAGGUUGCAGGAAGAGAAGUAUGGUCAGUCACCCAGAAGAGUUUCUGAUGAAUUUACGGCAAGGAGCUCUUUACAGAAGAGGUAUCCUGAAGAUCACGAUUACAGAGAAUAUGGACACACGUCUAAAAGGGCUAAAGAAAUGGAGAGGUAUGACGGUGGAGAAGUAGCAAGAAAUUCCAAGUGGAAGCAAGAACGUUCUUUUCCACCCUACCAAGAAAAGGAGGAGCAAAGAAAUCUGGGUGCACAGUCCCACCGAUCGGCUGAAAGGGAGUACUCAGAGGUUUCUGUGACAAAGAUAGCCUAUGAGUACAGUCACAAACGGCGCAGGCAUCCAGAUGGGGAAAAGCCUGUUUCAGAUGAUAGAGCUCAGAAGUAUGUGAAGCAGGAAGACCAGAAAUAUGGUUCUUCUAAGGGUGCCCAGAAUAGCAAAGAGUUAGAUUACUUUAGUGGUGGAAGAGCAAGACGGACUGAAGAAGGGCACAUUGAAGUACCUGUUAAAUACAGUUCGAAGAAGGGCUGCAAUACUUGUGUUAACUCUUCCGAAAUGGGUGUUGAUCUGAGAUCUUUUAAAAACAAGCCGAAGGACAGAGUAAGGAAAGAAGGGGAAUUCAGGAAAAAAGUAGAUUCCUCUGAUAGCCAGCAUGAUUCAAGUGAUACUGUUUCAGAUGUGAAAAUGUCAGAUGUCAACUGUAGGAGGGAACAUCUCACAAUCAAAGUGGAUAUGAAGAAAAUGGUGACCAAGUACAGGACUGCUUCUAGUCAUACUACAGAGAGACAGAUGUCCCAUGAUCUGGUUGCCAUUGGCAGGAAAACCGAAAACUUUCAUCCCAUUUUUGAGCACAUGGAAUCUGUAACACAAAAUGUUGAAAAUGACCCAUCAAGAGAAUUUACUCAGGAAAUAAUCACAAUUAUCCAUCAAGUUAAAGCAAAUUAUUUUAAAUCUUCUGACAUAACUCUACAUGAACGGUUCUCAAAAAUUCAGGAUAAACCAAUUGCAAAUAUGAAUGAAGCUAAAAUACGUUUGGAUCCAGAAAUUCACAGGAGGAUUGACAUGUCUCUAGCAGAACUUCAGAACAAACGAACUGUGCCAUUUGAAUCUCCCCAGAACAUUAUGAGAGUGUUAGAAGAUCCAAAUGAUCUACGGCAUGAUAUAGAAAGGAGAAGAAAAGAGAGACUGAAGAGUGAAGAUGAGAGAGUGUUUCAUGUAGAUGGUGUAACUCCAAGGUAA